AUGGUCCAAGCUCCACUUGAAGCAUCCAAAAUUCAAAUUAGCAAGACUAGUACUCCAAAGGAAAAACUUCCAAAUGACAAAUUAGUCUUUGGUCAAACAUUCACUGACCAUAUGUUGGAGAUCGAAUGGACUAAAGAAGCCGGUUGGGGUACUCCCAAAAUCAGUCCAUACCAUAACUUAUCAUUGGAUCCAUCCACUAUUGUUUUCCAUUAUGCCUUUGAAUUAUUCGAAGGUAUGAAGGCAUACCGUGAUUCAAAUGAUAAGAUCAGAACUUUCAGACCUACCAAAAACAUGAUCAGAAUGAACCAAUCAGCUGAAAGAAUUGCUUUACCUACCUUUGAUAAUGAAGAGUUAUUGAAAUUGAUUGAUCAAUUUUUACUUAUUGAUGAAAGUUUUGUUCCAAAAGGUAACGGUUACUCUUUAUAUUUGAGACCAACUUUAAUUGGUACCACUCCUUCUUUGGGAGUUGGUUCGCCAGAUCGUGCAUUAUUAUACGUUAUUGCAUCUCCUGUUGGUCCUUACUAUUCUUCUGGUUUCAAACCAGUUGCUUUAGAAGCUACCGAUUAUGCGGUUAGAGCUUGGCCAGGUGGGGUUGGUAACCGUAAAUUAGGUGCUAAUUAUGCUCCUUGUGUUUUACCCCAACAAAAGGCCGCUUCCAAAGGUUACGCACAGAACUUAUGGUUAUUCGGUGAAGAAGGUUAUAUCACUGAAGUUGGUACCAUGAAUGUUUUCUUUGUUUUCAAAGAUGAAUCAGGUAAAAAAGAAUUAGUUACUGCUCCUUUGGAUGGUACUAUUUUAGAAGGGGUUACUAGAGAUUCUGUUUUAACUUUAGCAAAAGAAAAAUUACCAAGUGACGAAUGGACCAUUUCUGAACGUAAAUUCACUAUUCAUGAAGUUUUCGAUAAAGCUGCUAAGGGCCAAUUGGUUGAAGCCUUCGGUUCUGGUACUGCUGCCGUUGUUUCUCCUAUCAAUAGAAUUGGUUGGAACGGUAAAGAUAUCGAUGUUCCUGUUGCAGAUGGUGCUAGUGGUGAAUUAACAAAAGACGUUGCUGAAUGGAUUAGAAGAAUUCAAUACGGUGAAGAAGAAUUUAAAGACUGGUCAAGAGUUGCUCAAUAA